AUGCCGGCUCCAACCGAUGCCAACGGCAAGAACGCGCUCCUGCCGCCCAUCAGCGCGGUGCCGACGUCGACCCUACUCCAGCCGGCGCAAGACCAAGAAGGGUUCAGCCCUUCGCCCUCCUACGGAGCCUUCGUGCCCGUGACGGACGAGUUCCUACCCCUUGGAGGCGGCGAUGAGAACGCCUGGGGGCAGGUGGGCCGCGUAUACGCGAGCGAGAUGUCGGAGGAGGAGGAGGAGGAGGACGUCGACCCGGGCAGGAUCUCGGCCACCGCGCUGAUCUACCUGUGCGCCUUGUGCUCCUCGUUGACCUCGGUGCUCCUGGGCUACGGUAAGCCGAGGCAGACGGCGGCGGCGGCGGUAGGGAGAGCGGGUGUUUGCUGGUAGUGCUGCUGACUUGUGUGUGUGGUCCAAGGCUUGGCUUCUUCUCUGUCUUAUUCCUCGUUAUUGCCGUUCUUGCUGGGCUCUGUAGAUAGAAGAGCCGGUUUGCGCCUUCAACUGCGUGUGCACCUUGUACGCACAUUUGCCACAACAAGCCGUCUAACGACAACAUGAACGGGACGUGCAUCGCAGAGUUGUUCGUAAGC